AGGAACCCUCACUCUGCUGUCUAUUUUGUCUUGGUCUUUCUCCUCCCCUAUCUCUCAGCAUCCUUCUCCUUACUUUUCUCUCUUUCCCGUUCACAGGAAGAAGCGUCCAAGCUUUUAGGGUUAGGGUUUUUGUUCUUCACCAAAACCCCCGAGCUUCCAGGUCAAUUUUGAGGCAGGAGGCGACGGGAUUGGCCUGUUUCUGCGCGCCUUGUUAGGGUUCCGGUUAUGGGUCGUCGCUCGGUCAAAUGGCACCAUAUUCUUAAAUCUAUGAAGCUUUUGUUCCUCAUUUGGUCGCUCUACAGUGUUGCCUUGGGCUUGGAUUCGGAUCAAUCGGCUCUCUUGGAGUUCAAGGCCUCCGUUUCGGAUCCGCACGGACUGUUGUCGAGCUGGACGGUGAACGGUUCCGAUUACUGUACGUGGGCCGGAGUUUCUUGCGCUCCCGAUUCCCGGGUCGUUGCUCUGAACAUCAGCGGCGGAGGUAAUUCCGGCUCUUCUCCUUGUGCUAAUGUUUCUCUGUCCCCACUUUAUGGCUUUGGGAUUAGAAGGAAAUGUCAGAGUAGUGAUUCGAAACUCGUGGGUAAAAUCUCUUCUGCAAUAGCUAAGCUCAAUGGGCUUAGCGUCUUGUCACUUCCUUUUAACGAAUUAAGUGGCGAGAUUCCAGAAGAGAUUUGGGGUAUGGAGAAUCUUGAAGUUUUGGAUCUGGAAGGAAAUUUAAUAACUGGAUCUCUCCCUACAGAGCUUAAAGGUUUGAGGAAACUGAGGGUUCUCAACCUGGGUUUCAAUAAGAUAAUGGGAGAAAUUCCGAAUUCUUUGGGAGAUUGUACUGGAUUGGAAGUCUUAAACUUGGCUGGGAAUAUGGUAAAUGGGACUAUUCCCGGGUUCAUUGGUGAGUUUAGAGAUCUGAGGGGGAUAUACUUAUCUUUUAAUCAGCUCAGUGGACUGAUUCCAAAUGAGAUUGGACAGAACUGUGGGAACCUUGAGUACUUGGAGCUGGCGGCUAAUUUCUUAACAGAUGGUAUUCCAAGAAGUUUGGGAAAUUGUAGACAGUUGAAGACGAUACUGCUCUUUUCAAACAUGUUGGAAGAGAGUAUUCCUGCAGAGAUUGGUCAGCUGAAUCAGCUUCAAGUCUUGGAUGUGUCAAGGAACAGCCUCAGUGGGUUCAUACCGUCUGAGCUGGGAAAUUGCACCAAAUUAUCUGCUAUUGUAUUGUCGAACUUGUGGGAUCCACUUCUAAAUACUUCUUAUUCAGCGGGUGAUUCCUCAAGUGCAAAACCAGCACUCAGUGGUGAUGAAUACAACUUUUAUGAGGGCACAGUUCCUGAUGAAAUUACCAGACUUCCCAGUUUGCAGAUGAUAUGGGCUCCUAGGGCAACGAUGGAUGGAAACUUUCCCAGAAACUGGAGUGCAUGCAACAGCUUAGAGAUGGUCAACUUGGGUCAAAAUUACUACACGGGUGAAAUCACAGGAUUAUUGAGUAACUGCAAGAAUUUACGUUUCCUUGACUUGAGCCUAAAUAGGCUGACCGGUGAGCUUGUUGAAGAGCUUCCAGUUCCUUGCAUGAAUGUGUUUGAUAUAAGCAAAAAUUUUCUUUCGGGUUCUCUUCCUGUAUUCAGUAACAGAACUUGUGCUCAUCUCGGUGAUGUAAACAGAGACCCAUUCAAACUCUAUGAUGCAUCUUAUGCAUACCUCUCGUUCUUUACCCGUAGAGCUCUGCUUGAAAUUGGUACUACAUUGAUUGGGGGUGGUUUUGGUCCUGAUGUGGUUCAUAAUUUUUGUGGUAACAACUUUACGGGGCAGUUGACUUCAUUGCCCAUAGCACCCCAAGCAUUAUUUGGAGAGAAAUCUGCUUAUGCCUUUCUUGCAUGUAGUAAUGGGUUUACGGGGCGUUUUCCCGAGAGUAUCAUCAAUCAGUGCCAUUACAUAGGAAGUUUGAUUGUUAAUAUGAGUAACAACAGGCUGUCUGGUUGGGUCCCGACAAAUAUUGGCUCUCGUUGCAGGUCUCUGAAGCUUUUUGAUGUCUCAAAGAAUAUGAUUUCUGGGUCCCUUCCUCCAAGUAUAGGGAGUUUGGUUUCUCUCGUAUCUCUCAAUCUGAGCUGGAAUAUGUUGCAAGGUCAGAUUCCCAGCACCUUUGGGAAGAUAAAGGAUCUCAAAUAUCUCUCUUUAGCCGGAAAUAAUUUGAAUGGAUCCAUCCCCACAAGUUUUGAUCAGUUGAACUCCUUGCAAGUGCUUGAUCUUUCCUCAAACUCUUUGACCGGAGAGAUUCCAAAAGUUUUGGUGAAUUUAAGGAACUUGGUCACCAUCCUCCUGAACAACAACAAGUUGUCAGGGGAGAUUCCACCUGGCUUUGUCAAUUCAACCACACUAGGAGCAUUCAAUGUGUCGUUUAAUAACUUGUCUGGCCCAUUACCUCCUGAUGGUAAUUUCACAAAGUGCAACAGUGUUCUUGGGAACCCUCAUCUCCAACCUUGUCAUAUCUUUUCACCAUCACUUCCAUCCACUUCUCCGUCAAGGGAUACACCAGAUGCUUUAACACCUCCAACAAAUUCAAAUCGUAGGAAAGGCAAUGGAGGGUUCAAUUCAAUUGAGAUUGCAUCCAUAACAUCUGCAUCGGCCAUCUUGUCAGUUCUAAUUGCUCUCGUUGUCAUCUUCUUUUACACCCGAAAGUGGAACCCACAAUCCAGAGUUGCGGGAUCUAUCAGAAGGGAAGUCACAAUCUUCACAGACAUUGGGGUUCCUUUGACAUUCGAGGAUGUUGUACAAGCCACUGGGAAUUUCAAUGCAGGAAAUUGCAUUGGUAAUGGUGGAUUUGGAGCAACAUACAAGGCUCAGAUUUCUCCUGGGGUUCUUGUUGCCGUAAAACGAUUGUCAGUGGGACGCUUUCAAGGUUUUCAACAAUUUGAUGCAGAAAUAAAAACCUUGGGUAGGCUUCGGCAUCCUAAUCUCGUGACGUUGAUAGGAUAUCAUGCCAGCGAAACAGAAAUGUUUCUUAUAUAUAAUUAUUUACCAGGGGGCAAUUUGGAAAAGUUCAUCCAGGAAAGGUCAACGAGGGCUGUUGACUGGAGAGUACUUCACAAGAUUGCCUUAGACAUAGCCCGGGCGCUUGCCUACCUGCACGAUCAAUGUGUUCCCCGUGUGCUUCAUCGUGAUGUAAAGCCCAGCAAUAUCCUUUUAGAUGAGGAUUACAAUGCAUAUCUAUCUGAUUUUGGAUUGGCAAGGCUUCUUGGUACUUCGGAGACUCACGCUACUACCGGUGUGGCAGGAACUUUCGGAUAUGUUGCCCCUGAGUAUGCGAUGACAUGUCGUGUCUCUGACAAAGCUGAUGUGUACAGUUAUGGGGUUGUGUUGCUUGAAUUGAUUUCAGACAAGAAGGCUCUUGAUCCCUCGUUUUCUUCGUAUGGAAACGGUUUCAACAUCGUUGGUUGGGCCUGCAUGCUUUUAAGGCAAGGCAGAGCCAAGGAGUUCUUCACGGCUGGUUUGUGGGAUUCAGGCCCACGAGAUGAUUUGGUGGAGGUGCUACACCUGGCAGUCGUGUGCACGGUGGAAUCUUUGUCAACCAGGCCCACCAUGAAGCAAGUCGUGAGACGGUUAAAGCAGCUUCAACCUCCAUCUUGUUAGCAGUGGCUGCAUUUGGAUGUAUGGAUGGAUUCUAGGAGGCUAACAUUGUGUAAUGGCCAUGUAAAGGUAAAAAAAGCGCAAUUGUAUUUUUAACUCCCCCAGUACUUUGACAAAGAAGUGCCCGAGAAAUACUUGUAGUUUUCAGUAGGUUCCAUGUUUUUUGAAUUUGUUGUAAUUGAUAGCUUUCAUUGUAAAUUCAGUAUAGCUUUUCCACCAUUUUACUGUCAUCAUGUGUCUGCCUCUGCCUCUUUAGAACUUCUGUUUUCAGCUGCAUCUGCAGAAUGCAGAUAAUUGUCUCUAACACUGUAUACAUGUAACUCAUUUAUGUUGUCCUUUAAUCAAUAAAAACGAUAGGG